AUGAAGGGCUGGUUUUGUGGUGGUUGGUGGAAAACAAAGGGAGAGAGGUGUCGUGGUGGCGUUUGGUUGCUGGCAGUGGAGAGAGGUGUGGCGGAAGGAGUAGAAGGGUGUGAAUGGUGGUGGUGUUCUCAUUGUGGUGGUAGAACUCGCUGGUUGCAGCGAUGGAGAAAGGGGAAGAGAGAGGAAAAUAAUGGUGUUGUGUUUUCUGUUUGUGGGGGUUAUGGUGGUUUCGUGGUGGUGGGCGGCGGUCGGAACAGCGGUGGUGAUGGGAGAGCAAAGGGAAAAAUGGGAGAAGGGCGGCGUGGUGGUGUUUCUGUUCGUGGAGGGCAAAAAUUACCCAACACGAGGGCCAUAUUUUGUGGCAAUCUGGAGUUUGACUCCCUUCAGUCAUAUAUUGAGCGGCUUUUCAGAAGAUAUGGGAAGGUUGAUAGGGUGGAUAUGAAAUCUGGUUUACCUACCAUUUUCUUGACCGAAAUUUGUUUUCUGCCCAAUCUCAAUAAUUUCUUUGGCGCAGGAUACUUGGGAAUUCCUACAUACAAUGCUACAUACGCCUCUGAUGCUGAUGAUCCAAUUAGAAGACUCGACAGGAUAGAGUUUGGUAGAAAGGGACGCAGAGUUCGUGUAGAAUGGUCCAAGCAGGAUCAUGGUAGUAGGAGGCCUGAAAUUUCCAGAAAACCUGCUGCGAAUACAAGACCUUCAAAGACUUUAUUUGUCAUCAACUUCGAUCCAGUUCAUACUCGGACAAGGGACAUAGAGAGGUAUUUUGAACCAUAUGGUAGAAUAUCAAAUGUUCGAAUCAGAAGGAAUUUCACGUUUGUUCAGUAUGAGUCAGAGGAUGAUGCUAGCAGAGCAUUAGAAGCAACAAACAUGAGCAAGUUCAUGGAUCGAGUUAUUUCUGUAGAAUUUGCAAUUCGAGACAACGAUGAGAGGAGAAAUGUUCGCAGUCCUGACAAAAGAGGUCGUGACAUGUCACCUGACAGAAGAGGUUAUGACCGUCGGCGUUCACCUAGCCCAUAUAGAAGGGAUAGGGGUAGUCCUGACGAUGGGCAUGGAGCACCUCUAAACUCAAGGUUUCACCCCCACCCCAUAGGACAUGUAGAUGGGAUGGGUUUACUCAAGCUGUAUCCAUGUCCAAAAUUUUCAUUUAUGCUAAUCUUGUUAUAAUCUUUACCAAUGCAGUCGUUCACCACCGCCACGUGAGAGGUCUCGAUCUUGAGAAGAAAACUUUCAAGCAAGAUUUCAUCAAAAAGAAAAAAACACCUUCCAUGCAAGAAGUAUCAGAAGGUGUUUAUGUUUGGCUGCAGAUUACAUCGUCGUCUGGAAGUUUUAGCUUUAACCUUAGGUAGUCAACCUGCAGUUUAAACUUUAAUUUGAUGUUUAUUUCCAUAGUGAGUAUGUUGUGUGCACCAAUAUUGAAAAUACUACUCGUUAUUGCAUUAGCGGAGUGUGUGGCAAAAGGAGAAUGCUCUAAAAACGCCUUAAUUCUAUUUUUUCUGCU